GUUGUCCCGCCCACUCGACAGUGAUCAACGGGAGUUCUGUACUAUUGUGUACUAAAGUUUCGAGUAAAUUGCGAAGAUUUAGUUUGAUUCUGCUGAUAUUUUCGUGAUGGCGUCCAGCUUCAGGAAACCCAGUGCCACGGCCACCCAGCGGAAGAGAACGGGUCCCAAACCAGAGCUGACAGAGGAGCAGAAACAGGAGAUCAGAGAGGCUUUCGAUCUGUUUGACACCGAUGGGUCGGGAUCUAUAGAUGUGAAGGAACUGAAGGUUGCUAUGCGAGCUUUGGGCUUUGAGCCAAAGAAAGAAGAGAUAAAGAAGAUGAUCUCUGAUAUUGAUAAAGAAGGAUCGGGUGCAAUCAACUUCAAUGAUUUCCUUUCUAUGAUGACACAGAAAAUGAGUGAGAAAGACUCCAAAGAAGAGAUCCUGAAGGCUUUCAGACUUUUCGAUGACGACUGCACAGGCAAAAUCUCUUUCAAAAACCUCAAGCGAGUGGCCAAAGAGCUGGGGGAAAAUCUCACAGAUGAAGAGCUACAGGAAAUGAUAGACGAGGCCGAUAGAGAUGGUGACGGUGAGAUUAAUGAGCAGGAGUUUUUAAGGAUAAUGAAAAAGACCAGUCUAUAUUGAAUCACUCUCUCUCAACCCCCUUAAUGGUCACUAAAACCAUUAUAAUGUAUCUAUAAACCUCUUACUGGACUUGAAGUGUUGUUUUGUGUUACUUUGUGUUUUCACGGCUGAAUAAAUAUUUUAAACAUACAUAUUUUAUACAAUAUUAAAUAAAAGUUUAUUUGCAUCUGUGUGAUCUAUCUAUCUAUCUAUCUAUCUAUCUAUCUAUCUAUCUAUCUAUCUAUCUAUCUAUAAUAUGUAGAAUUUAGAGAAUAUAUAUGUACAAUACAAAAAGUGUCUAAUAAUAAUGGUAAAAAAACAUGUAUAUUGUGUUUAACAUGAGAAUACAUGUAUUUAUUUUUACGGUAAACCAUUGUUAAAAUUACUGUAAAGUCCCUUCAUGACCCAUCACAUUUCAUUGUAUGUGAAUAGUUAUGUUUCUUCAUAUGUACUGUACAUAGCAGGGACAGAUUACUGACCGGGCCAAUGGGGCCAGUGCCCAGGGGCCCUUGACUACCAAGGGGCCCUUAACUGCCUGGUGGUGCCCUGGGCUUUAAGGCUGCUCAAUCUAGUUUGGUGAUCCCCCUGCUUGAAAACCCUUUUGGGUAAUUUAGUUAAUGUUUAUUGCAUUAUUUUAGUCACGUGUUAUCCUGAUGGUGUUUUGUGUUUGUUUCUACAUGUGAACAGUGCCGGUCCUAGUCUUUGGGGGCCCCCCCGUCUAUAUGUUCGCAACGCUACUUAUAAUGUCUUUGACAGAAAGGGGCCCCCUGGUGGAUCGGGGGCCCUAAGCAACUUGCUUAGUUUAGCUAUAGGGAAGACCAGCAUGGCAUGUGUAUUCAUUAUUUUACCUGGAAGUGCCACUCUUGAUGAACUUUAAGUCACAUUGUCUAAAUUCACACCACAGCUGAAUGUGGCCCAGAUCUGAUUUGUUUUGUUCAAAUCUGAUUUUUAGUUUUUUUUUGUCAGGUUGUUCACAUGACAUUUUAAAUGUAGCCCAUAUCAGACACUGAACAGCCAACACUUAUUGUACUUCGCCUACAAAUGAUGAUAAAAUGCAGUGACAUUAUUUACAAUCGUGCGUAUCGGCUGAGGAUUUGUUACCUAGGUUACUGUUGUUAAAAUUGAUAACUUUGAAAGUUUUUAAAAGUGAAAGGGGCCAUAAAAAGUUUAAUAAAGCAAAGAAGCGACACAGCGCUAAAUGUGGUGGACCACGGAGAGUAAAACCUGCAUUAUUGGCUUUACUUGUGGCUGGAACAGUAGGUUAAACACCAUGGCAUCACCCUAAACAAACUUAUUUUAAAACGACGUCAUGCGUAGUGUUAACGGCGGCUUAAUUCACCUAGGGUGCUUUAGUUCAUCCAGGAGGAAAAAGUUCAGCUCCAAAGUAAAAAACAGGCUUUAUAUAGGCCAGCUGCACACAUAAAGGGGCAGGACUUAAACACCGUAGCCAAACUCAGGAUUGGCGUUAUCAUACAAGGGCUUCAAUUAAGUCAUUAUAGCGAUUCUUGCAAUGUCUUGCAUUGAGCCCUGUUGCAUAAAUCAACAUAUGAGUAUUUAAAGGUGCUCUAAGUUCUUGUUCAUGUUGUCUUGGACUUUAAUCAAUAAGUGAAAGUGUCAAAUAACAGGACUGUUCCUGAGAUUAAGCGAGUAGCAUUCGGCUGGCCAUGUGAUUCUAACAUGGCAGCCCCCAUGUGCGGACCCUCUCCAUGUAGAAUAAAACAGCUUUUAUGA